UUUUUUUUUUUACCUAUACAAGAAAUGUAGAUCCCUAAGUGAAAAUAGUAAAUUUUUGCAUUGUGUAGUUACACCGUGUUAAUAACAUUGAAUUUGUAUUCCUGCAUUUACUUCAUAAUAUUAAACAUACAGAAAAAGUUAUGGUAUCAGUCUAACUUAUUUGUUUUUACAUAGUUUAUUACCUUGUUUAAAAACAUAACCUCUAAAGUUAAAAUGUUUACAGUUAAAAAUAUAGUGUUCAGUCAUACGUUUUCGAAGCCUAUCAAACUUUGUUCUGCGCUGUCCAAAAAUGUUGUAUUGCAAGAACAUCUGGUUACCUCCAUUCGUAAGCUUAGUAUUACAAAGUGUUUGAGGGAACAAAACGAUGAUCAACUUGUGGAACAUGGCAUCAAAGAAGAGAAGUCCAGUAAAGCGAUGCGAGCGUACCUGGAGAGAUCACAAGCCUACAAUAAGUUCAUGGAACAAGAAGAGGUUGAGUUUAAGACAGGAAAGCGACACCUGGCCAACAUGAUGGGAAAAGAUCCCGAGACAUUUACUCAGAAAGAUGUUGACGAAGCAAUUGCCUAUCUUUUCCCCUCUGCGUUAUUUGUAAAGAAAACUAGACCUUUGAUGAAACCACCAGCUGAAGUUCAUCCUCCUAAGAAAGAAGCGGAGUUUGACGAAACAGGACGGCCUCACCAUUACCUGUUCUAUACUGGGAAACCUAACUUGUACGAAUACCUUCAUAAACUGGUUGAUGUCAUGAUAGAACUGAACUCGUUUGAAGAUACAAUGAUAAGGAAACAACUCAAACCUGAUCCUGCCCUUACUUUAUCUCAAGAUGGUUACCAAUGGCUUUCUAAGGAGGAAUUUGAACAGAAAUUUCUUGAGAAAAUUACUGGUGAUGAGCAUCGACAGUUAAUCUCCACCUUGGACCGAUUGCUAGCUCACCCUUACUCCUACAGAGUAGAGAAAGUAUUUCUUGAUGCCAGAAAAACCUUCACUAGUAUCAGUGCGGACGCGGUGAUACCAAAGCCUGAACUUCAACCUGACGGGCGGGAGUUUGUGAAAUUUGAAGGAUCGAAACGCAAGACUGCAUUUGCCGACGCAACAGUACGUUUCCCUGGUACUGGCAAAAUUGACAUUAACGGGUUCGAUCUCUCCUACUUUCAAGACCUCCACACCAGAGAACAGUUGCUGUUUCCUUUGCAUUUCACUGGAAUGCUGAACCAGGUGGAUAUUGAGGCUAAGGUGAGAGGUGGCGGCUACAUGGCGCAGGCUAGGGCUAUACGCUAUGCUGUGUCCAUGGCUCUACGCAGUUUUGUCUAAUGUUGGGCUACAUGUUUCAGUUGCUGUUUCCUUUGCAUUUCACUGGAAUGCUGAACCAGGUGGAUAUUGAGGCUAAGGUGAGAGGUGGCGGCUACAUGGCGCAGGCUGGGGCUAUACGCUAUGCUGUGUCUAUGGCUCUACGCAGUUUUGUCCCUCUGGAAAUGGUUGAACAGAUGCGACUAGUGGGUCUUCUAACCAGGGACAAAAGAAGAAAAGAAAGGAAGAAGCCAGGUCAAGAAGGUGCAAGGAGAAAGUUUACUUGGAAGAAACGUUAAACUAGCUUUUGUUGUUGUAAUUAUAUAUUUGUAAUUCA